CCCAAUUCCUCUGUGGUACAGGAUGUUCAUCUAUCUGGGACAAGGGGACAGCUGAGAGUCUGAGAGAAUACUUCACCCCUGCCCAUCUGCCUGUGGGUGUGGAGCUGCCAGAGAGCUAGCCUGGUCCCAGAUCAGUUUGUGCUCUUCAUUGCUGUCAUUGUCAAGACAAACAUGGCAAAUAGCACUAACAGACACAGCCUGCAGCGCAGCACUGACUCACUAGCUGAACAAUGUCCUUUUCUCACUUUCAACAUCAACAAGCCCUAACUGCCUGAAGCCAAGGCAGUCAACGAGGAACUCUUAGCAAGUUUGCUGUCUCCACAUGCUUCAAGAUGUCCACCAUUGUUCCUGUUCCCAAGAAAGCAAAGGUGCUUCCUCAGCGGCCAGGAUUUCGGCACCAUAGAAAAGAGAACUAUGUGUGCCGCGACGCCCUGUCCCGGCAGUCUACAGAGUCUAGUGAGGUCCAGGAGGUGAGCCAGUCCCAGCUGCAGCAGCCCAGGGUGAAGCUGAACGGCUCCACUGUGGAGACACCCAGUCACCACGACCUGCACCGCGAACUGUUGGUCAGCACCAAACGAGGUCUGUUGCCAGGAGAGAAGCCUGAGCUGAAGCGAGUCCUGGAACAGAGGAGGCUGGAGCAGCACAGAGAGCAAGAACUGGCUUUACAGCCUCCUCUGGAACUGGAGACAGAGCUACGCAAGAGACAGCAGAUACUGCUGGAGUAUGAGCAGGAGGAGAUCAGGCGCAGGGAGGAGCAGGAGAGAGAAGUCCCUGAGUUUGUACGUGUAAAGGACAAUCUGAGGCGCACACAGGUGUCUGGGCAGUGACGACCAGUUGACGCUCCGUCCCGUCCCGUCCGCAGCCUCUCACCACGGAGGCCCUGGCUGCAGUCCGUUUCUUCACCCAAGAGUCCAAAGAGUGCACUUGUUCACCUCCCCCACCACAAUGGUUCUGCCAUCGCAAUGAAUCCAUCCUCCUGUUUCUCCCUCCACCAGCCUCCACUGCGAUCCAUAUCCUACAGCUAUAUGAUGAGGACCAACUUCACUGCAGCAAGUUACUGAAAAGACCUCUCCUAGGACUGAUAUGCAUCUCUUGCUGGACUGUUAUACUGUGUGGAAAAAGUCCAUUUUUAUUUAACCUUAAGUCAGUUAAGAACAAAUUCUUAUUUUCAAUGACGGCCGAGGAACAGUGGGUUAACUGCCUGUUCAGGGGCACAAUGGCAGAUUUGUACCUUGUCAGCUCGUGGGUUUGAACUUGCAACCUUCCGGUUACUAGCCACUAGGCUACCCUGUCGCCCCAAUAAGCAAUGUAGGAAAACCAGUCAGUAGGUUUUAUAUAAAGAAUGUGAGUGAAAAUACAUAAACUCAGCAACAAAAGAAACAUCCUCUCACUUUCAACUGAAUUUAUUUUCAGCAAACUUAACAUGUCUAAAUAUUUGUAUGAACAUAACAAGAUUCAACAACAGACAUAAACUGAACAAGUUCCACAUACAUGUGACUAACAGAAAUGGAAUAAUGUGUCCCUGAACAAAAUGGGGGGGGGGUCAAAAUCAAAAGUAACAGUCAGUAUCUGGUGUGGCCACCAGCUGCAUUAAGUACUGCAGUGCAUCUCCUCCUCAUGGACUGCACCAGAUUUGCCCAUUCUUGCUGUGAGACGUUAUCCCACUCUUGCACCAAGGCACCUGCAAGUUCCCAUAGAUUUCUGGGGGGAAUGGCUCUAUCCCUCACCUUCCGAUCCAACAGGUCCCAGAUGUGCUCAAUGGGAUUGAGAUCCAGGCUCUUUACUGGCCAUGGCAGAACUGACAUUCCUGUCUUGCAGGAAAUCACGCACAGAAUGAGCAGUAUGGCUGGUGGCAUUGUCAUGCUGGAGGGUCAUGUGAGGAUGAGCAUACAGGAAUGGUACCACAUGAGGGAGGAGGAUGUCUUCCCUGUAACGCACAGCGUUGAGAUUUCCUGCAAUGACAACAAGCUCAGUCCAAUGAUGCGGUGACACACCGCCCCAGACCAUGACGGACCCUCCACCUCCAAAUCAAUCCCUCUCCAGAGUACAGGCCUCAGUGUAACUCUCAUUCUUUCGACGAUAAACGUGAAUCCGACCAUCACCCCUGGUGAGACAAAACCGUGACUUGUCAGUGAAGAUCACUUUUUGCCAGUCCACUUUUUGCCAGUCCAGCGACCGAUCCUUUGCAGGUGUUGUUACACGUGGUCUGCCACUGUGGAGACGAUCAGCUGUCUGGCCUGUUUCCUUGUAGCGCUGUCUUAGGCAUCUCACAGUACGGACAUUGCAAUUUAUUGCCCUGGCCACAUCUGCAGUCCUCAUGCCUCCUUGCAGCAUGCCUAAGGCACGUUCACGCAGAUGAGCAGGGACCCUGGGCAUCUUGCUUUCGGUGUUUUUCAGAGUCAGUAGAAAGGUCUCUUUAGUGUCCUAAGUUUUCAUAACUGUGACCUUAAUUGGCUACCGUCUGUAAACAGUUAGUGUCUUAACGACCGUUCCACAGGUGUAUGUUCAUUAAUUGUUUAUGGUUCAUUGAACAAGCAUGGGAAACAUUUUUAAAUUAUCUUUGAAUUAUUUUUCGAAUUAUCUUUGAAAGACAGGGACCUGAAAAAGGGACGUUUUUUUUUUUUGCUGAGUUUAUGUCUACUGUAAACAAUGUGUAUGUUAAGGACAAAUAUCUUAUUUUAUUUAUGAAUAGAUGUUUUUCUUUUUCUACAUUAAAAAAAAUAAUAUUACUAGAAAAAUGAUUCACUUUUAGUUUUGAAGUCUGUAUUCAACACAAGCAAUUGGUUUACAGCAGCAUGGCAUCAUAAUGUGUUGUGUGUGUUCAUUUUGAAUUUGUUCAUUUAUUUCAAAGGCCAUAUACUAAGUAUACCUUACUCCACUAUUGGACACAGGGCAGUGACGGAAACUCUGAACUCUCUUUAUAUAAUGCAGUUAUGUUCUCUUUUCAGUUGUCACUCAUAUAGCUAAACCCCCAUAAUCGCAGAUGUUAUGUGUAUUAGUCCUAUUCCUUUAAUUCAAUUGUUUGUUUGUCUGUUGUUGUUGUGGUUGUUCCUCUUCUUUUUUUAGCAAUAAAGAUUUCAACGAU